CUACAUCUCCCACAUUCCUUUGCGGCUGAUUGCUUCACGAGUUUCGUGCUCGAGUUGACUCUUUAAAAUUCCGUUUCAUGAGGCUUUUCAUUAUUUAACAGCACUCCGGCGCGGCUGGGAUGGCUGAGUCUGCUGUUUGUCCUGCUUUUCAGCUGGGGAGACCGCAGUAUGACCAGAGCUCCUUCCUCGGCAGGUUCAGACACUUUGUUGACAUCAUCGACCCCAGAACUCUUUUUGUAUCAGAGGCUCGCUUGAAGGAAUGUGUUGCACUCCUAGACGAUUUUAAACAUGGAACUCUCCCUCCUGGAACAACAGCCGAACAGCUGUGGGAGGCUCAGAAAGUGAAGCAGGCUAUUAUUCACCCUGACACUGGACAGAAGAUCUUCAUGCCAUUUCGCAUGUCAGGUUACGUCCCAUUUGGAACACCAAUUGUGGUCGGCCUACUCCUUCCAAACCAGACUCUGGCAACCACUGUGUUCUGGCAGUGGUUAAACCAGAGUCAUAACGCCUGUGUGAACUACGCCAACCGCAAUGCCACAAAGCCCACACCAACCUCCAGGUUUAUACAGGGAUACCUGGGAGCUGUCACGAGCGCUGUCUCUAUUGCGGUGGGUUUGAACGUGCUCAUCAAGAAAUCCAGGAAAUUUAGCCCAGCCACUCGGCUCAUCAUCCAGAGAUUCGUCCCCUUCCCUGCUGUGGCCAGCGCUAACAUCUGUAAUGUGGCCCUAAUGAGACACAACGAGCUCUCAGAGGGAAUUGACGUGCUGGACAGCAACGGGAAUGUGGUGGGCUCCUCAAAAAUAGCUGCCAAACAUGCACUGAUGGAGACAGCUUUUACACGAGUGGUCCUACCAUUGCCUAUCUUUGUCCUCCCACCAAUGAUCAUGGCCUACCUGGAGAAGCAUCCGCUGUUAAAGGCUCAUCGCAGGCUCGUGCUUCCUGUUCACAGCCUGGUGUGUCUGGCUGUGUUCGGCCUGUCGCUUCCACUGGCCAUCAGCCUCUUCCCACAGAUGUCUGAGAUUGAGGCGUCUCACCUUGAGCCGGAAAUCGCCAUGGCAACAGAUUGCAAGGUGCUGACCUAUAACAAGGGACUGUGAUGGAAACAGACAAACAGAACAAGGCCGCGAGAAAAGAGAAGGAAGUGGAGAGAAAAACAGGGAAUGAAAAGCAGAAGGCAAAUUAUUCUCCCUUUAAGCUGCUGCCGUCAACAAAAUCCUGAGCUCGUGUAGCAAGACGGCUGCAGUGGAUUGAUGUGGGAUUAAACUGUAGUCUUGGAGCAAUACUUACAUCUGACAAACUACCUUAACCUUAUUUGUCAAGCCAUUAAUCUGUUUCUGAAUUUACCAGAUGAUUAGUAAUCAAUAAUCAAUGUAUUUCAUGCAAUAUUAUUAACUUUACAAUGUGAAAAGGCCUUACACUUUAUAACAUUAUAUACUAGGCCUGUUUAUAGAGAAUGCACAGCAGUGAUGUUCAAUUUAUAUUACUUGGCUAGUAUGCAAGAACUUUUAUUAAUGUAUGCAGAUUAUGUUGUGCUGAUAUUAACUGAAGGCUUGGAUACACUGCAGUGCCCAUAUAGUUCAGAAAUCUACUGUAGAAACACCAGUUCUUUAAAAUGUAUUUUAGUUUCAAUGGGCACCCAUUCUUACUAGACAUUGUGAUCACCUCCUUGUUUGUACACCCCUUAACAAUUCUAUCCUUUCCUCUUAUUCUUCAGUGGUCAGGACCCCACAGGACCACCACAGAUCAGGUAUUAUUUGGGUGGUGGUGUGUUGGGUUAGUGUGUGUUGUGUGCUGGUACAUGUGGAUCAGACAUAACAGUGCUGCUGGACCUUCUAGAGAAAUCAAUCUACUAUAUAAGCUUUGCCCAGCUUAUGUAAUAAUAUAUGGGCAUGUGUAUCCAAGAAGAAAAUGUGUUUACCUAAUGAUUAAAAGAAGGCAGUAGAAGGCAUACUAUUUUAAAGGCACAGAUAUGCUGUAAAGAUGUGGUAGUAUUAAAGAUUCAGCAGUAUGUGCCUCACAUUUGUGCCAAAACUCUGCUAUAAGUGUAAUUCAGAGAGUAUUGUCCUUAGCCAGGUUUGACCCAUACUUAUGAAGGCAGCAGCAUAGGUUAAUUCAUUUGAUCCAUUAAAUACUAAAAUGUGAUGUCUUGUAUGAGACUACAGUAAAAACCAGUACCAAAUAAUUACAUUAUAGCACACCCAGCUUAGUGCAGCCAGGCCUUUAACGCAUGUACAGAAGAUUUAUUACACUGUGCACAAGUUAUUCACUGUAUAGUUUUUAAUAAUGUUGCCUUUAAUAGGUUGAUAACCUUUAUAUGUCAACUAAUGCCUGCAUUAAUUUUUACCUGCUGUAAAUUUAGAAAACACAGUUUGGGCAUUUCGAACACUUGUGUUUUUUAAGAAAUGUAAGAUUUUAGAACCCAGUAUUUUUAGUUGAAUGUCAGUUUGUGACCUUUUUUUCAGAACUGUGAAUUGAGUAUGUCUGCAAUUUUCUUAUUGGUUGUAAUUUGCACUUAUGAAAUAACACAUUUUAAUCAGAUUGUUUAAUAAAAAUAAAUAUGUUUAGAGGUUUAAAGCACAGAAGGUGAUGCAA